AUGCUCUCACUCAAGGAUCACAUCUAUACGAUACGAUACGAUAUUGCGAACCCUUUCAGGUCCACCCUUUCCCCACUCCGGUCACCGACGAGUCUCUGUGCUUUCCGUCCCACGCUCUUUCAGGGAAGCUUCCUGGUCUCUGCAGCUGGGCCGGGCAGCGACGUGCCGGCAAUAUCGAGGGCGGAGAAUCUCGUGCUCUACGCGGACGCGCUCUUCGGGCGGCAAGAGUUCCGCCGCGCGCUGGUGGGUGCGCGGAGAGAGAGAGAGAGAGAGAGAGUGCGCUGGUGGGUGCGCGGAGAGAGAGAGUGCGCUGGUGGUUGCGCGGAGAGAGAGAGUGCGUUGGUGGGUGCGCGGAGAGAGAGAGAGAGAGAGGGUGCGCUGGUGGUUGCGCGGAGAGAGAGAGAGUGCGCUGAACCUCUACCGCCAGGCACAGCAGCUCUGCAAGGGGGAGCGUGUGUGGGAGGAGCAGGGGGAGGGGGAGGGGGCGUGGUUGGCGGAAUGGGGGGUGGAGGGGCGAGCAUGGUGGCCUUGGAUACAGACGUGGGGAAGGCAGAGGUGCGGCUGCGAGUGGCAGAGUGCUACGUGGCAUUGAAGGAGGUCAAGCCCGCCCUCACAGAGCUGGAGGCAGUGCCUCACCGCCUGCGCUCGCUGCGACUCAACCUGCUGCUCGCCCGCCUCUAUCGUUCCAGCAGCUACGACCGUGCUGCUCUCACUGCAUACAAGGAAUGCCUCAGGCAGUGUCCGUUUGCCAUGAAGGCAGUGACAGCAGUGGCGCAGUGUCCGUUUGCCAUGAAGGCAGUGACAGCAGGGGGUCAGCUCAGGCUGUCCGCAAGCCGCACUCCUCUGUGCCGACCACUCACUCCUUACCACUCCUUCACACACCUCUUCACCCCUUUACACCACCAGGCAGUGUCCAUUCGCAAUGGAGGCAGUGACAGCAGUGGGUCAGCUGGGGCUGUCAGCCAAAGAGACAUGCGCCCUGCUGCCACAGCAGGAGCUGGCUCACAAGUUACCACACUCGCACCACUAGGAGGAGGGUCUCUAGCACCCCACCAAGUACAAGCCGCACUCGUCCCCCCGACCCUCCCCUUCUCUCCGUGCCCUCCCCAUCUUCUCCACCCUCCCCACCCUCCCAUCCUCCCCAUCCUCCCCACCUCGUUCUUCAACAGCCCCUUCCCUGCACGCCCAGCAGCAGAGGAGGCAGGGCAGCAAGGCACCUCGUUCCCACUUCAUGCUAUCGCCAUCCCCCCGCCAACCCCCCCUGCUCUUCCCGUCCUUUCCAUCCUCCGCACCACAUCCCUCCCCCCAGCCCCUCCCCUGCACACCCAGCAGCAGAGGGGGCAGCAAGGCCGGAGCAACAGGAGAAGUGCACGAGUCUUGCAAGUGGCUGCAGGUAGUGACUGUAUCAGCAUACUAACCCCUACUUCUGUGUAUGGGUGUGUGCAUGGGUGGAUGUAUGGGUGCGUGUAUGGGUGCGUGUAUGGGUGCGUGUAUGGGUGCGUGUAUGGGUGCGUGUAUGGGUGCGUGUAUGGGUGCGUGUAUGGGUGCGUGUAUGGGUGCGUGUAUGGGUGCGUGUAUGGGUGCGUGUAUGGGUGCGUGUAUGGGUGCGUGUAUGGGUGCGUGUAUGGGGGUGCAUGCAUCCGUUCCGUGCAUGCACCCUGUGUGGACGAGUAUCAGCAGCUGUUGACUCGCUUCCCCAGCAACGUGCAUCUGCACCUGUACAUGGGGCAGGUGGAGGCGUCGCAGGGUCGCAAUGAGGAGGCCAUGCUACACUACCAAAAGGCCCGCACUCUAGACCCUUUCAACGUGGCCUGCAUGGACGACUACGCUCUGCUCCUCCUCUCCCGCCGCUCCCCCUCCGCCUCCUCCGCCCUCUCCCUCCCCAACCUGCAAGUCGACGCCAGCGUGGGGGGAGGGGGAGCAGCGGGGGGGGCGGGGGGAGCGGGGGGGGCGGAGCUGAGGAGGCUGACAGCGGAGAUGGUGGGAGUGGGGGCGGGGAGAGUGGAGGCAUGGGUGGUGGCUGCCGCGCUUUGGAUGAGCCGGGGGGAAAGAGGCAGUGCACUGGCAUAUGUGGAUAAGGACGUGGCGGCUGUGUUUCAUGAUCCCAUCUUUGUCACACUCUCAUCUCUCUCACGCUCCUCCUCGCCCCCUCAUGCCCCUCACCUACCUUCGUCCCCCCACCCGUCCACCCCCAGGCUCUUCGAUGGGACGACCACCACUUUCCAGCUUUCCCCCAUUCUGCUCUAUGCACCCAUUUCCCCCAUUCUGCUCUAUGCGCCCAUUUCCCCCAUUCUGCUCUAUGCGCCCAUUUCCCCCAUUCUGCUCUAUGCGCCCAUUUCCCCCAUUCUGCUCUAUGCGCCCAUUUCCCCCAUUCUGCUCUAUGCGCCCAUUUCCCCCAUUCUGCUCUAUGCGCCCAUUUCCCCCAUUCUGCUCUAUGCGCCCAUUUCCCCCAUUCUGCUCUAUGCGCCCAUUUCCCCCAUUCUGCUCUAUGCGCCCAUCUUAUCCUCUUACCUGCCACUCCUCCCGCCCUCUCCCUCCCUCCUCUCCUGCCCUCUCCCUCCCCACGUCCACCCCCAGGCGCUUCAACUGGACGACCAUCACUUCCCAGCUCUCCUCGCUAAGGUGCGCCUACGCCACCCUCCCCACCCUUCCCUCCCUCCCCAACCUCCCCACCCCCCCACCCUCCCCAACCUUCCCACCCUCCCCACCCUCCCCACCCUCCUCUCCCUCCCCACUCUCCCCUCCCUCCUCCCCCUUCCCACCUUACAAUCCCUCUCUCCCCCUCACCUUCUCAUCCUUUCAUCGCCGCGUUAUUUUGAUAUGAACUGCCACGCUACACACAACGCCAACUCCCUCUCUCUCCAUGCCAUGUGCACUUGCUGGUUUUCAGACUUCUUCAAUGCAUCCGUCCCUUUUGAGAAUUCUCAAAAGCCAACUCCCUCUCUCUUCAUGCCAUGUGCACUUGACGCCAUUGUGCUGCAGGCAGAGCGGUCACUGUCAGCAGCAGGGAGGUUUCAAGACAUACCCCCCCUCUGCCUUCCCCCCCGCCUGCUUCCCCCCCUUCCCCCGAACCCCCCAUCAGGGCGCCAUUGUGCUGCAGGCGAAGAGGUCACACCCCAUGCGUCACUGCGACACAGCACCGCACAGGAAUAUUCUGGCUCCUGCUCCCCUUCCUCCUUCUCUUCUUCCUCACUUGCAUACAACCCCGCCUGCCUCUCUGUCCUUCCUCUCAGCUCCCGCCCUUUCCUUCCGUCUCUGCCCCCACUGCGCAGCCCCAGUCCCUCACGGCUACGGGACCGCUCCUGGUACUGCCGCACUCUGUCCUCUCGCUGUCGCUCCUUCUCUGCUGCCCUCGAGACUUCUGGUGUCCGCACACCUUCUCUCUUGCCUCGCCAGUCCUCCUCGCGCCUCCACUCCCUUCCUCUUUCCGGUGAGUCCGACCUGUCUCUUUCCGGUGAGUCCGACCUGUCUCUUUCCGGUGAGUCCGACCUGUCUCUUUCCGGUGAGUCCGACCUGUCUCUUUCCGGUGAGUCCGACCUGUCUCUUUCCGGUGAGUCCGACCUGUCUCUUUCCGAGCGCUAUUCUGCUGCAAGCAGAGAGCUCAGCUUCAGCAGCAGUGGCUCAGAUUUCAAGCAGUCGCGUCACCCCACCCAACCCCCAUUCCCCCCCACGGCCGCACCACCUUCGAUCCCCAUCAGUGUGCCAUUCCGCUGCAGGCGGAGAGGGCGCCAUCCUUCUACAAGCAGAGCAGUCAGAGCUAGCAGCAGUGGCUCCAAAGCCAAGCACUCCCCUCAGGCAUUCGUUCAGAUCCACCCCACCCUUCUCCACCCCACUCCACCCCACUCCACCCCUCUCCACACCUCUCCACCCCACCUUUCCCUCCCUCCCCCGAACCCCCACCAGGGCGCCAUUCUGCUGCAAACCGAGCGGGCGGAAUCAGCAGCAGUGGCGUCUGCAGCAGCUGCCAUCUUCCGGAGGGCCUACACACAGAAGCAGGACCUCCGGGUGUUCCAAGGGGGAGGGGUGUGGCGGGAAGAAGGGCGGGUGGCGUUGGGUAUGUGUGGGCGAGGAGGAGGAGGUGAAAGGAGAGCUUACACACAGAAGCAGGACCUGCGGGUGUUCCAAGGUCUGGUCCGAGCCUACCUGCGGAUUCCGAAGCUGAAGGAGGCCAUAGCAGCGGCUCGGGAGGCAGUCAAGGCGUUUCCCAACUCUGCCAGCGCGUUGUCUCUUCUGGGGGAGGUGUAUCUGCAGCACGGCGACAGCAGGGACAAGGCACGCAAGGUGUUUGAGGCGGCACUGAGGAUGGACGGGCGCUGUGGCGCUGCUGCGCGCAAGGUGUUUGAGGCGGCACUGAGGAUGGACGGGCGCUGUGGUGCUGCUGUCACGGGCCUGGCAGACGCUCACAGCAUGGACGGGCGGCAUUCUGCUGCCGUUGACGUGCACAGCAUGGGCCUGGCAGACGCUCACAGCAUGGACGGGCGGCAUGCUGCUGCCGUGGACGUGCACAGCAUGGGCCUGGCAGACGCUCACAGCAUGGACGGCCGCCAUGCUGCUGCCGUGGACGUGCACAGUAUGGGCAGCAGCACAGCAUGGACGGACGGGCGGCACGCUGCUGCCGUUGACGUGCUGGAGCGCCACCUGGCAGUGGACGCUGCUGACUGGAUCCACGUGAAGCUGGGGUUUGUCCACAUGGCGGCCAACCGGCUGCCCGACGCUCUGCACCAUCUGCAGACGGCCCUCAGCAUCAAUCCGACCAAUGAAAACGCCAAGAGAGGGCUCAAUCGCAUCGACCGACUUCUAAAGGGAGGCGAUGGGGACGACGAGGAGGAAGAGACCUCCACACAGUAUGGCACUGGCAGUCCUCUCUUUGAAUGA